GCAUUACUUAUAAUUAUUCUUAUGGAUAAUCCAUUUAAAUUGUAAAAAUUGCGUAAACCGCAAAUUUUUCCCCUUUUUUAAAUAAUGGCAACGUUGUCUUACUUUUAAUCAACGCGAUUUGGAUGGAUACGCAUGUGUUGGCUUGCAGUGCACAUGGAUUAACUUCCUUUACGUGGAUGUGGAUUUACUCUUUAUUAUCACGCUAUCAUAAAUGUAGUUUUUGACGGCUCAUGAUUGAUUUGACUGGGGCAGCUGCGCAAGUUGGAAAUGUUUUCUCGUGAGCGCAGCGAUCGACAGGAUGCCAAUCACUGUCGACGGAAACCUAGCUAUCCCCAGUACGGAAACCACAACAAAUCUGUCAACAACAGUUACAAUACCAGCAAUCAUCGUGGCAGUCGCCAAGAUUUCGAGGGAAGAAAUAAUCGACAUCUGUCAUCUGCAUCCCAUGACACGGAGUCGUCGCGAUAUCCUGGACGAUCGCACGGAACGUCCAGUCCUCGUGAUUCCUGGUCGCACCACUCCGAUGCCCACGAGGAACGCUAUCCCCAGGGGCGCAGCAGUCGCGAUCGACACCGUCGGGACUACGAUCAUCGACAGGACGACGUGAGAUAUCCUCGCCAUUAUGAGGAGCGACGUUACGCAGCUGCGCACUCACCCUCGCGAUACUCAAAUGAAUCGGAUCGUCGACAUACGCCCGUGCAAGCACUUCUCCCUACUCCGUAUCCUUUUCCCAACGCUCAACCGAUCUUUAUGCCGGGUCCCACGACCAUGCCGUCCCACCAGGGAAUGUAUUUCGGGCCACCCGUCAUCCGACCAGGAAUGUAUCCUUUGCCUGUGAUGGGAUCGGGGGUGUACGGGCAACCUUACCCCGGGGGGCAGUGGCUAUUUUCUUCACCCCCUGGGGAAUCGCACCGGGAAAAUAUUUCGGGGCGCGGAAGGACGUUAUUGGGAUUGCCUCCAGAAAGUGGAAGGGGGCCGAUUUUAUAUGGAGGUAGGACCGCGGAAUACGACGAAUCCAAAAAUAGUUCUCCUCGCUCAACGGGAAGUCCUCUUGAUCAUGCGGAUAGCAGUCGGCAAAACGGUUGGCAAUCGCGCUGUGAUACUCCUACUUCGAGCCAAGCAGAUGUCCGAUCUCUUUCGUCCCCCAACCCAACCGAGCUAUACGUUUCCUCUCGGAGCACAUCAAGCCCCUCUCGACAUUCGCUGUUGGCAACACCGGAGCCAUCAGUGGAAAACAGUAUUACUGGAUCAUGUUAUGGAAACGUUUCUCCCGCCAAAUCUUUGUUGUCUUCCUCAUCAUGUAGAACUCCGGAAGUGGUUAAUGGUGCUUUAUACUCCAAUGGGACCAUUCUUGGAUUCAGACCGGAAGGAAUUACGAAAAUCACUACGCCCCGGCGACGAAAUCAGGACGAUGAUGAUGACGGUAGUUUUUUUGAGAGGUUUGGUGCCCGCUCACUAAGUCGCUCGACGGAUCAGACAUCUUCACAUCGAAGUGAUAGAAUUUCGCCUUCGAACGAGACAGGAAAAGCCGAUAAAUCAACUGAAAACAUUACUGCAGACAGAACAAGCAGAAACCAUCACAGUAAGCCCCAGCCAACAUCCGACAGUACGAAGCGAACGUUGCAGUCAUCCCGGCAGCGCCCGUCAAGAGAGCGUUCAGCUUCCCCGCAGACAAAAGCUGGAACAUCGUCACGACCAUUAAAAGAGACCGCUUCGCGACAACGGAACUCAGCCGAAUCAGAUAAACACGGGGAAAAGGAUCCAGACGCUAAUUCGAGGAGCACCGAUCAUGGCAAACAAACCCGUACCGAAAACCGGACUGACAUUGAAUCGCAGUCGAAUUCUACAAAACCUGAGAAAAGCUUCCACAAUCUCUUGAAAGGUUCUACAAAGACCCGGAAAAAUAAAAAGAAAUCAAAGCGGAGGAAUGUUACUUCAGACUCCUCUGCAAGUAGAAACAAAUCUACAUCUCCUGACAUUCUGGAGAAAAAUAGUGGAAGAGAUACUUUACAGCGACCGGACAAAGCCAUUUUUUGCGCGAACCAAACCAGAAACAGACCAGUGUCUCCAGAAAUCUCGGACGAAACGGCGAACAAUGAUUUAUCGCACGAUGAACGAAUAGAUUAUACUGCAGGAAGGGAAAUCCUUCGUUCUUCAGAACCGAAAGAAACAGCCCCGAAGGAGAACGGUACGAAAGCAUCCGAACAGCACUCUCGGUUUGGCCUUGGAAAGAAUGAAAAAUCGAAACCGGACAGACUGAAAGCGAACGCCAUUUUCUUUCCAAGAAGUGACAAAGGGAAGAAGCCGGCCAAUUGCACUGAUCGCUUAAACGCCGAAAAGAAUGGGCAGAAGAAAUCGCUAAUAUUAAAAAUACCAAAGAAAACGGGCGAUGUGCAUAAAGAUAAAAAUCAUGUGAGUUUAUCGAAAGCCCAUAAAGCACUAACGUCUGAAAUGUCGACGCUGAGGGCGAAAUCCACCCAGAAAGCUGGAGAAUUAAGUGACAAUGAAUCUCGCUCUGAUUCUUCCGCGGUUGCAACAACCUUGUGCACGUCAGCAAAGGAACCAAGCCAAAUUUCAGGGGCGCCAUCGGAACAAAAUUCGGUCUCUGGUUUGGCUAAAAGCGGCGUGACAGAUGAUUCGACGAAGGAGACCCGUGAAAAAAAUUGUCCGGUUAACUCGAGUGCACAGGAUCGUUGCUCUACUUCGUUGCGACUAAGCAGUGAUACCACUGACAGCGGAACUGAAGUUUCCCAAAAGACUGACCAAUCUAAGUUGAAAUCAGCAUCAGUUACUCGACGAAUAAACGGCGUUUCCAAAGCAGCUGGGGAAUUUUCCGGGCAAGCAAAUCAUAGUGCAUGUGCCACUAUGCCUGGUAACGAGAGUCCUAAGAAAUCCCCGCUUCUGGUAUCACCCGAGAAGAUGCAGGAUGAAUCUGCUGAUGAUUCACUCUUGAAUAAGCCGUUAACUCCUGAAGAACUGGAGUUGUGCCAUCUGACGAAUAUGGUGUUUCGUGAUGUCGAGCGUAUGGCGCGACGAGCUCAUCGUCACCGCAGAGGAACACUCAACCUCAAGAAUGUGCUGCAGACUACGGCCAUCCCAGUAUUUCCAGCCCCAGAUGCCUCCGAAGUAUCUUCUGAUAACCCAUCUUCAUCGCUAGAAAAUGCCCGCAAGAAGAAACGCAAAGUAGGCAAUCUGGACGAUACUGUCAGCACGGAAAAGUCAGCUUCAGAACCGCCUGUGGCUGCAGAAAUCAAAGAUAUUCCAUUACAAAUCUCUGCCAGGCAUCUGACAGCCGCGGACAUUACUGAAUAUGAAAUUAUGGUCAAGAAAAAACAUCGACAGGAAUGUUUGGUACCAAAUUAUGGAUUGUCCGAACCAAAGCGAUUAAAAGCCAUCUGUCCACCAAAAGUGCAAGCUGAUCUGGCCAAAUAUAUGGAAGGAAUGUUGAAACCUUCAGAAAAGAAAAAAUGCUUGGGAAGUGGAAAAAUUACUCCCGGUGAUCUUGUCAGUUAUUUAAAGACUGGCUUCAGUCCGUCAGAAAAAAGCCUGGAACAGCUGCUUUUUCAUGCUGUGAAAAGCCACUCGAAAAAGGAAAACUUCAUUGGGAUCGUAAUGUUGUUGUUGGCGAACGGAGUGAACUGUGAUGCUGUGGACGAUAACGGUGACACGGCAUUGAAGCUGGCAGUGCUAGCCGGUGAUUAUCCGAUGGUGGAUUUACUGGUACAACAUUCCCUGGCGCCUGCCCUGGAUGCUAGAAAAAACAAUAAAUGUCACAUAGCCGCUGCUGCAUGGAUUGCCCAGAUGUGUGCCUGGGACAUAGUUCUUCUGGUUUUGGAGAAUUCUUCGGUCGAGCAACUUUUCGUGAAGAAUCUGGACGAUAAAAUUUCCCUCACCAUGCUCGUAUCGCAACCAGAAUUCCAGUUUGCCCAUAUAGAAGAUCUGAUCUUGGCAAUGGGGGCCGAAAAUCUUGCUCAGUAUAGCGCGGAAAGCUUCCUACAUCUCGUAGCCGCCCAUAGACGAGUGGAUCUUGUGCAUUUCUGUCUGGCACGUUUUCCGUUUGAUCCGGUAGUCGCUGAUAAAAGUGGCAGAACUGUUCUGCAUUUGUUUGCUGCUUUUGCCAAUCUGAACAAGAAAGACAUGGAGCAACUGGCGGAUAUGGCUCAGAAUCUGGGCGUACCGCUAGAUGUAGCCGAUCAGAAGAAUAUGACGGAAAUGCAGAUAGCGGAGAAUUCAGGGAAUAUUAGUCUAGCUGGGCACUGGCAGUUGGCGAAGGAGGGAAAAUUUAUAUUGGAACCUUUCUGUCUUUUCCUGGAUAUCUCAUACGGGAUGGAAAGUUUCCCUAUUAAAGUCAUCAAUGAAAGAAGUGCGGAUAGUAUGAAUGGAUUCACUUACAUUCGGGAGAACAUUUAUCUGGGGGAAAAUCCCACGUCGAAAGGCACAAUGCACUGUCCUUGUCCUCCUGGAAAAUGCGAUGCGUUCAACUGUCCGUGUCUUAAGCGAGGACUGGCGUACAGCGCGACCGGGACUGUUGUGCCUGGGUCUUGCAAAGGGAACCCGAUCUUCGAGUGUGGCCCGAUGUGUCCCUGUGGGCCCAACUGUGCUAGUCGAGUGGUUCAAAAUGGUAUUAGAAUGCCUUUUGAAAUUUUUAUGACACGCAAUCGCGGAUGGGGCGUCCGAGCAACGAGAACGAUUCAACCUGGAGAAUUCGUAGUAGAGUUUGUUGGUGAGAUCGUGGAAAGCGAUAUGCUGUUAGCAAGGGAUCCUGACAAUGACUGGGCCAUGGAGCUGACUGUUGACACUUACGACGGUGUGAUGUACCAUGUGGAUCCUACGCAUUGUGGAAACGUAGCCAGGUUUCUUAAUCACUCCUGUGAUCCGAAUUUGUUUGCUGCGCGCGUUUACGUAUCCGGAGACCCUACCGACACCGGUGUACGAAUGGCAAUGUUUUCGGCUCAAGUGAUCCAUAAAGGAAAAGAACUAACUUUUGAUUACGGUGAUGAAUACUGGCGCCGACAAAAUGAACGAGGAGUGUAUUGUCAGUGUGGAUCAUUGAAAAAAUGCAAAUUUAUGAAGAGGGGGAAGAAGUCGCGUAAAUACAAAAAUAAUAAUAAAGCGGUUAUUGAGGAUGUGGAUUUAGAUGAUCUAUCGUGCUGUCCGUCCGAACCGUCUUCUUCUGGAUGUCAGUAAACCCGCUUUCGGAAUGUUUGUAGGAAACUGUCUCGGGUUUUUUGGCCUUGACUUUUUGCAUUUAGUGUUUUGUGAAUUUUUUACCACUUUAAUUCUUACAAGUGUACAGCAAAAUAGAGUAUCACGUUGUGGAAUCAGUUUUUAUCGUUUUAAUGUGUUAAUUUGAACGUUAACUUGAAAUGGUAUUCAGUGAGAGUAUUGUUGCGGCGUUGCAUGUUGCCGUUUCGGUAGACUAUCCGAAUUAAAUUACUUCAGUGAAA